GGUGUCACUCGCAUUGUGUCUGAAGAGAAGAUACUGUACUUGUGAAAAGGACAUUGGACUGGAGCUAUGAGGGUGGGAGCUGCAGCCUUGGCUGGGGGGAUAUUUGGGGCACUGGGGACCAUGUGUUUCUUCCUGGCAUUUGGGACAGACUACUGGUUGGUGGCCCGUGACAACUGUGGAUCUUACAUAUGGCCCACAAUAGUAGAAAAAGAUGCCAACGGGACUGAGUUUGUGAACGCAGUCACUGUCCCUCCUGCGCCUCGCACCCUCCACCAUGAAGGAUUUUUCUGGCGCUGUGUGUUCCACGUGGAGCCUGCUGCAGAUGCAGUACUAGCAACUCUCUUCACAAACCAACCCAAAUCCAAGGUGUGUGUCCAUGGCUACCUCUUCCCACUUCCAGUUGCAGUUGGCCGCGUGCCUCAUCCCAUCUAUGACGCUACAGCAGUGUUUCGAGGUUUCUGGACAGUGUUCAUAAUCCUCGCAUUGGUCUCAGCUUUGACUGGGAGUUUCCUCUUGGUCUGCGGGGUCCCCUUUAUAAGCCAUAAACUCUACAAGCUGGGAGGAGCCUUCUUCAUCAUUGCUGCGUGCUUGUUCCUCUUCGUUCUGCUGCUCUUCGUGCUGUGGAUGGAGGUGGUGGAUGUGAAGCGUUACAUCCUCCAAGAGAGAGGGGAGACAUGUUCUGAUGCCCAAGUUUCAGUGCUCUAUGGCUUGUCAUUUAUGGUGGCUGCUGCUGGCGUCCCCCUGGAGCUCGUGUCUGGGAUGAUCUUCAUGCUUGUGGGCCGAGUGCUGCUUGCCAACAAGUGAUCAGGCCAUCUGGCCAUCUGCCUACUGCGACGCUAUUGUCUAAUUUUACUAUUUGAAUAUUUUGAAGGCCUGACUUUAGGAUGUGUUAUGGCGUUGUUGCAGAGAGGACGGGAAGCGGACCAGAAGCUGUUCUGCUCCUGCAGUACCAGAGAUUUCGAUUUUAUUUUAUGAAAGUUAAAAUACGGGGAGAAAAAUGGGAGGGCACGAGGAAGAACGGCAAAAUAAAUUCACAGGGAAAACGGGAGGAUUGACAGGUAUGGAGAGGAAGUUGAACUAUCACAUCAUCCUUUCCAUAAAAUAUAACCCAUAGAAUAAGAAUUUCUUUCAAUCGGUCAGACAGACAAUAGGUCAGUGUUUAGUGUUGAUAUACGUAUGUAGAUAAAAAAACAAACAAUGCAGUGUUUAAUGCAUUGCACAAUUGCAGCGUUGUAAAAGACACAAAGCAAAGCAAUGCAGCUGUGCUUCCUGUCCUGACUUUGGCAUGGGAUCAAACACACUGGAGUGGCACAAGACCAGAGUGGAAACAGGAAUUAUUUAGCUAGAGAGGGACGGAUAUGCAGCUGCUUGGGAGAUGAACUGAUGCAUUUUGAAAGGGCAGUCAACUGCUUCCUUUUACUAUCACAAGCGACUUUUAUGACCUACCAAUCAUUACAUUACACAUCCUCAUACAUUUUGAUGCAAGGUGUGAACAUAAAUGUUUGCUAUACUGAUACCAGUCACUAUUAAAAUCCAGUGCGAAAUGGCCUUUUUUUCCCCCUUGUCUUUUUUAACAACCUGUGUGUCAAAGUACCGUGGCUUGAAAUAUUAUGAGAAAAUGACUCUCCGACUAACCCUAUUUAUUGCUCCAGUAAACAUUUUCCAACAUACUCUCUGAGCUAAAUUAUUCAUUUGCAAUAACAUAUGAAAUUACCCACUAACAUGGGGCUAAGAAUGAACAACACAAAAUUAUAAUACAUAAAAUAUCAGUUUUGUUUAAUGUUAGUCAGUAACUCCUUACGGACUUACUGGUUAGUACUUUGUGU